AUGAGAAGAACAGGAAGAAGAGGAGAAAUAAAUGGUGAAGAGGAGGAGGGAAAGGAGGAAGAGGAAGAGGAGGAGUUGGUGGUGGACAACGACGACGACGACAACAACGACGACGACGACGACAAGGACGACUGGGAGAGUGUGGAAAUGGAGCGAGGCAGUCUGUUGUUGGCAGGCUUCGUAGUUAACAGGGUGGGGGAGGGGAGGGGAGAGUUUGGGCUAAAAUUGGCGAGAAAAAGAUGA